UCUCGAUUCUUCGAUUUUGAAAACCCGAACUAUUGAUUUUUUUUGUUGAUCAUUGAUUCUCGAUCUUCUAAUUAGCUAGACUUUCACAGCUCAAUUCAACCCUUUCGUCUCCGAUUCACUGAUUUUUUCCGUCUUAAUGGCUAUUCUUUAAAUCCUGGCGUCCGUUUUGUUAGAUUUUUUAUCACCAAAACCACUCUGUACCUAAUCUUUCUUUGGUUACUCAAGUUUGCAGAUAUGGCGAUCAGAAUGACUGUCACCUACUCCGGCUACCUGGCUCAGAGCCUUGCUUCAUCAGCCGGAGUUAAGGUUGGAAAUUGUCGGCUACUCCAUGAGUGCAGUGGAAGAUCACGUUUCUUAUUCCCCAGUCAGAAGUCGGAAAUAGAUUCCGCCUCUGCUGUGAGGAAUUACCAGGCCGAUUUCAUUAGACCUAAGGCGAGAUGCUGGUCUAAGUCGUCGGUGUCGAAGUAUAAUACGCUUGCCGGUGAUCUUCUCAGCGAUAAUUGCAAUUCUCCUCUAGUUGUGGGCUUGAUUUCGAUGAUGAAGUCGUCUGCCUGCGUUUCGGGAGCUUCUAGUGCGGGGAUUUUUGGGAUUUCGUCGUCCUCAAUGCUUGGAUUUAAACCUUCCUCCUUCUUUUCCUUUUUUCAGGGGUCUAAAUGGCUCCCCUGUAAUGAAUUCUUCCAGGGUCCUGCAAGCAACGAUGUGGAUAAAGGUGGUACACAUCGUUGUGAAUCUUGUGAUGUCGUAGAUAAUAUGGACUCUAGAAAAUUAACCAAAGGUGUUACAGAGACUGGUGAAAGCACCUGCUGGGUUUCUCGAUUGGUCAAUUCUUGUUCUGAUGAUGCUAAAGCUGUGUUUACAGCGUUGACUGUUACAUUUCUGUUCCGGUCUUGUAUGGCUGAACCAAGAUCGAUUCCAUCACGUUCGAUGUAUCCAACUCUCGAUCUUGGUGACCGGAUAUUAGCCGAGAAGGUUUCAUAUAUUUUCAGAAAGCCUGAUGUUGCAGACAUAGUGAUAUUCAAAGUUCCUCCUGUCCUUGAGGAAAUUGGUUACAGUUCAGGAGAUGUUUUUAUCAAAAGAAUUGUAGCCACGGCUGGAGACUGUGUUGAGGUCCAUGAUGGAAAAUUGGUGGUUAAUGAUGUCGUCCAAGAGGAAGAUUUCAUAUUAGAACCACUUGCUUAUGAAAUGGACCCAGUGCUCGUUCCUGAAGGUUAUGUGUUUGUGAUGGGGGACAAUCGCAACAACAGUUUUGACUCCCAUAAUUGGGGUCCUCUUCCUGUGAAAAACAUUGUGGGCAGAUCAGUGCUUCGCUACUGGCCUCCUCCCAAAAUAUCGAACACUAUUUAUGAACCGCUUGCAGAGCAGAAUGUUGUGGCAGUUUCUUGAGUCAUCCAUCUCUUCUUCAGUUAUGGAAGAAGGAUUUUGCUGCCCAGCAAAUGAGGAAGAGUGUCUUUAAUCACUUCGUCCAAAAAUGAUUCAGCCAUUUUUUUGGACAUCUGUAUAUAUGUGAUGUUCGAUUAUUUUGUGCUUCAUGGUUUGAAUUACGCUUUUAAUGUGAUGCAUGUUAUCUCCAUUUGAGACAAAAACAUGUUUUCAAAUUGCCCAACGGAGGCCCAUAAUGAAUUCUUUUUUGUGA